GAGGGGGGAAAGGGAGGAGGAGGCUCUCGUUAUAAAUUCACCGAUCCGAGGCGUGAUGUUCACAGUCAGUCAUGCAACGGCAUCAAGCAAAACUCAUCGGCCUUUUGGCCUUGCUCGCGGUGAGCGUUCAGGCUGAAGUUCACCACAGGGCACGUCGCGGCGGAGGCGGAAACGGAUUCACCGGCGCUUCUGCGUACAGCAGCUCGAGCUCAAGUGCAUCCAGUACAGGUGGUGGCAAGGCUCAGGCGCAGUCAAGUUCCUUUGCAACCGCUGGCGCUUCGGCAGGUGCGGCCGCAUCAGCUGGAAGCCUGGGCAGCGGAGGCGGCGGCGAAUAUCUAGGAGGCGGCGGCGGCGGAUAUCUAGGAGGCGGCGGCGGCAAAUUCGGCGGUAACAAUUUCGGCGCCGGAUACGAAGGCGCUGGCAACGCCGGAGUUGCCGGACUCGGUUACGGAGGCAAUAACGCAUUCCAUGGCUCAGGUUUAAGUGGAAAUUACGGCAGCGGUGGCAUUGGAGGUUACGGCGGCGGCUUCGGGAGCAGCGGAGGUGGCAUUGGGGGUUACGGUGACAGCAAGGGCUAUGGAAAUGGUGGCAACGGCCAAUUCGGCUCUGGAGACUUCCACAGCGGUGGAGGCGGUAGCGCGAGUUCGAAUGCCAAUGCGAAUGCCCAGGCGAAAUUUGGUGCGAAUGGUGGACACCAGGGCAACGUUGGCGCUGGAACUCCCAACUUAGGCCAGGGCUAUGGACCUGGUGGCUAUGGACUUGGUGGCAACGGUGGUGCUGGGAUUUCCAACUUAGGCCAAGGCUAUGGAUCUGGUGGCAACGGCCACCUCGGCUCUGGAAACUUCCAGGGUGGUGGAGGCUUUGGAGGCAGUGGAGGCGGUAGCAGCAAUUCCGCUACGAGUGCUGGCAGCACUGGCGCCGGAGGUUAUGGCGGUAGCCAGGGCUAUGGAAUUGGCGGCAACGGCCACUUGGGCUCUGGAAACUUCCAGGGCAGUGGAGGCGGUAGCGCCAACUCGGCUGCGAGUGCUGGCAGCGCUGGCAGCGCUGGCACCGGAAGUUACGGCGGCAGCAAGGGCUAUGGAAAUGGUGGCAACGGCCAAUUUGGCUCUGGAGACUUCAACGGCGGUGGAGGCUGGGGGGGUAGUGGAGGAGGUAGCGCGAGUUCGAAUGCUGGUGCGAGUGCUGGAGGCUUGUCCAAAGGUGGUUAUGGAGGUUUCCCUGGCAGCUCUGGCGGCGGUUACGGAGGCUCGGCACACCAGCCAGGCGGUCACAUCGGCGGAUUCGGAGGUGGCUCGGCGCACGCAGACGCUAAUGCGCAGGCGAAUGGUGGUACUGGUGCCGGCGGCCCUGGAUUUGAGUGAGUUGAUUUUUAGUGUUGUGGAGAAAUGGGAUCGUUGUUACGUGUCUGUUUAUUUUUUUAUCGAUCCUCCACACUCGCAAACCCUCAUUUUCGUUAUUCAUAAUUCUAUUUUGUUUUUUUCUCCCUCUCUUCUCCGCUAAACAGCAUCUUUUCACGUAUCGCUGACGCCGAAGAGGUUGUAAGCAAGAGUGGCACCAUCGAUGGCGCCAAAGGUGUUUUCAGCAGCAGUGGAGUUAGCGUUGACGAAACUGGCAAAGGAACGUACAAAGUUUCCGCUGGGAAGUUUCCUUAAAGGGAUAAGUGAACGAAAAUACUAAGAAUCCCGAAACGAAAUAACUAUUUCUUAGUUUGUUGCUGUUAUUAUUAUUAUUAGUAUCAUUGUCAUUACACAGUAUAAUUUCGAUAGUAAUAGAAUGGAAAUCAAUGGACAUCGAUAACUGUAAAAAUAAUAACUAUAAUAAUAAUGAACUUAUUGAAUCACGAUGUGCAAUUACUUGGAAGAGAAGAAAAACAUGCAUAAUAUAA